AUGGAGGAGAAGAUGCGGCUGGGGCAAGCGGCUGAUGCCCGUGAAGUAGCCUACAGCUCCUUAAUCAAGCCCCAAGCUCGCGAGCCUUAUGAUCCUAAUGUAGCCUUCGAGGAAUAUCACUUUUACGCAAACAAAACCAGAGAAGAGGAACUGGGGUUGACGGCACCUCAUUCCAAUGUUCGAAAGCUCUUUCAGAAGGCCUCUCAGACGGACGUCCAGGAUCACAUCCCGUCCACAACCCUGACCGAGGCAGACUUCCGAAACCCGGAGAAGCGGUUGCAGAUCACCGAUGAGGAGUGGACAAACGCAAGUCGGGCCUUUAGGUCUGCCUCCGCUGGUGCUUGCUUUUUCCUCAUCACCACAGACAUUUUGGGACCUUACGGCUCGGGCUAUACCAUGGGAACUUUGGGAUGGGGACCAGGUGUCGCUUUCUAUACAGUGUUUGGCUUGAUGGCUGGCUACUCUGGCUAUCUCGUCUACCGUGUCUUUCUUGGUGUUGAUUCCUAUGAGUUCCCAGCCAAGAACUAUGGUGACCUGGCGUUCAGAACGGUCGGCCGAUACGGACGCUAUAUUACCAACUUUUGCCAAGGCCUUGGGCUCCUGCUUAUUACCGGUCAAGUCACGAUUCAAUUUGGGCAGAAUAUCUCCCAGAUUUCCAAGUUCAAGCUAUGCUAUGCGGUUUGUCCUGUGAUUUUCGCUUGCGCUGGUUUUGUGAUAUCGCAGAUUCGUACCCUACGGGCCUAUGGCUGGGUGGCAAACCUUGCAGUCUGGCUGAAUAUUUUUGUUAUCCUUAUGACUAUGGGUAUUAUGGCAAACACCCCCCCUAACUACGCCGUCGCUAUACUUGGAUCUGCUGGUAGUGCUGUGAACAGGACUUCUAUCCUCCCCGAUGCCCAGGGUAACUACCCUCCUAUUAUUCACUACAACAAUAUCCCGCCUGACGGUCUGAUUGGCGCUCUGAAUGGAAUGCUCUCGGGCGUCUUAGCUUAUGCCGGUGUCCAGCUCUUUGUGGAGUUCUUGGCUGAAAUGAGGCGACCUCGUGACUUCAUUAAAGCUAUGUGGGGUGCCCAAUUUUUUAUUUACAGCGUGUACCUGAUUUAUGGCUGCGUCAUCUACUACCUUCAGGGGCAGUAUAGCUAUAACCCAAGCUACCAGGGAGUGAGCGCCUAUGGAUGGCAGACGGCUGGAAAUAUGAUCACAUUGAUCGGUGCUCUCAUUGCCGGUGGCCUCUACGGAAACAUCGGUAUCAAGGUUGUCUACAAUAAUAUUUUCCUGGAUAUCUUUAAAGCGCCCCCUCUCACCACCCGAGUUGGCAAGAUCAUGUAUGCCACUCUGUGUCCCAUCUGGUGGAUCAUCGCUUUUGUCAUCGCAGCUGCCAUUCCCGAUUACAUGGGCUUUGUUUCGGUCAUUUCAGCAUCCUUGCUCCUCAAUCUUACCUAUAGCUUCCCGCCUCUCUUUGCACUGAGCUUCGAUGUUCAAAAAAAUGCCAUUCGACAAGGUGAAGGAUUCGAUCCGAGCACGGGUCGAGUCAUGCGGGAGGAUAGCGCCAUUCAGAGACAUAUUCGUGGAUUCUUUACGGGCGGCAUGUUCCAAGUUGGCAUCAACAUCUGGCAUGUUCUCUAUUUCCUCGCGUCACUAUCGAUGUGUGGUCUGGGAAUGUAUGCCGCUGUCACUGGUAUGAUCGACGCAUUUACCACAGACCAGCUGACAUCCUUCACUUGUGUCUCCCCUCUCAACCUCAAUGCAUAG